AUGAUGCUAUCCCACCUAACCCCUAAAUUUUCUUCCUCAUACUCCCUCCCGCCUGUGCGAGAGCUUCUCUGAAACCCUCGCCCUUCUCCCAGCUGCCACAAAAGGUUCAUCAUAAACUAUGGCUGAAGCUGAGGAUAUUCAGCCCCUUGUUGUUGAUAAUGGCACGGGCAUGGUGAAGGCUGGGUUUGCCGGAGAUGAUGCUCCCAGGGCUGUCUUCCCAAGUAUCGUUGGUCGACCACGGCAUACCGGUGUCAUGGUGGGAAUGGGUCAAAAGGAUGCCUAUGUUGGGGAUGAGGCGCAGUCGAAAAGGGGUAUUUUAACGCUAAAGUAUCCCAUUGAACAUGGUAUUGUCAGCAAUUGGGACGACAUGGAGAAAAUUUGGCACCAUACCUUCUACAACGAGCUUCGUGUUGCCCCGGAAGAACAUCCAGUUCUUCUCACAGAAGCCCCUCUUAACCCUAAGGCUAACAGAGAGAAGAUGACCCAAAUUAUGUUUGAAACCUUUAAUGUUCCAGCCAUGUAUGUUGCCAUUCAGGCCGUGCUUUCUCUUUAUGCUAGUGGUCGAACAACAGGUAAUAUGCUCUAUCACCAAAUUUGCACAGAACAUAUAAGUAGAGUAGUCCAUUUGAAGGGGCAUUUACCACACUCAUUUCAUAUGUAUUUACAUAUUUCACACCCAAAAUUUAGGGUUUAGGGUUAUACCACCC